AUGGCCGCGCUGCAGCGAUACGACGCGAGCCUGUCGUUCAGACAAGGCGAGAGCAUGCGGCAGCUCUCGCUCCUCGCCGCCGUGUUUCUCCCGCUGACACUGGCUUCACCACUACUAGGCAUGAACACGGCCGAGAUAAACGGCAGCUCGCUCAGUAUCUGGGUCUUUGUGCCGAAGGCUUUCGGCCUCAUCUUCUUGACGGCCCUGGGCAUCGCCAUCCUCGCGCGCCGGUCGGAGAAGAAGACGUUUGAUCCGCCGCCAAAUUUCAUUACGGAUCUCACGGGGAUCAAAUUGGAUGUGUGA